CCGCGACUGCCGGCGCGCAGACGUAGCUAACACUCACGAUGAGACGGUCGACAGUAUUGCUCUUAUUCGCGGUCGCGCACGCGCUUCCCGCCCAAGACUCGAGCCACACGGACAACGACAUCGACGGCCUCACAGACUGCCUCAGGAAGGAAUCCACGACAUGCCUCAAGUACAAAUUCUUCUCGUUCGUCGACAAGAUGAUUGGACAGAAGGAGUCCUUCUCCCUCACCGAUGGAGUCACCGUCGUCAAGUCCGGUGACGUGCCCACCGACACCGGAGCCCCGAGAGCCCUAGAUCCUGUUUCGCGGUUGAAGAACUACUUCGAGACGCAUUCCUUAAGAGUAGAAGUGAAAGGUUCGGAUGUGAUUGAUGCGGUGUCAAGUGCAGGGCGCGCGCUCGAAGAUACAGUGUCCUCGUUUACUGAAGACAAUGACGUUAGUGAAGGACGUGGGAAGAAGAAGAAGGCGGCCAAGAUUCUGGGGCCAUUGAUCGCGGCGGUGGCGCUGAAGAUGAUGGCGUUGAUGCCGCUGGCGAUCGGAGCGAUCGCGUUGAUUGCAGGAAAGGCGUUGUUGAUAGGAAAGUUAGCGUUAGUGUUGUCGGCGAUUAUAGGGCUGAAGAAGUUGCUGUCGCAGCAGAAGCACGUGACGUACGAGGUGAUCGCGCACCCGCACCACACGUCGAGCCACGACUACAGCGGCGGCACGAGCGGGUACGGGGGCGACUCGGGCGGCUCGUACAGCAGUAGCGGCAGCGGAGGCAGCGGCGGGCACGGCGGCGGCUGGGGGCGCUCGCUCGAAGCUCAGAGCUUAGCGUAUUCCGCGCAGAAACCUUAGCGACCCGGUUCCGUGGCCCCUUUCCACUGAUUUCUCCGAUCUUCAACGUAUUUAAGUAUUAUUUAUUUGUAUGGAUGUGAGUGUGCCUGCUAUUUAUUGAAUGACUUAUUUUAUAAUUUAUCAACGUCAUGCCAUGACCCGCUAAUUGCGAUGACGUUUUGCCGUUUUAUUUCUUAGUCACUUCAAGUCAUAAUAUUGUUAUUUUUUUCUAUAACUUAAUGUACUUUUUUGUUGUUUAUAUGUAUAUACUUUUUGUAUUGUAGUAUUUAGUUGAUAAUGUAUAUUAUUGUUUGAAACUCAGUACCUGGCUUUAAUAUUUUUAAGUAAUAAUUAUGUAAGACUGUCUAUGUAGUAUAUUAUUUUUAUAUUGUGUAUAUAUUAUAUGCCCCACGAGUAUGUUAGUGACGAUGAUAUUGUUAUAAAUGUAUAUUAUAUUACUUAUAUAUAACACUAAUAUUUAGCAAACUCUUCCUAAAUACUCAUAAUAUAAUGUAAUAAUUUAUUCGUUGUAAUAAUGUAAUUAACGAUACAAAGAUGUUUAUUGUUAUAAUUAUUACAAAUAAAGACAUGCAAUGCUG